AUGUCGGAGAAGCUCCCCCUCGCGCACCCGGCGCCCGAGCUCACAGCUCCGGAACCACGCCGCCGCCGAACCGCAUGGUGGUCUCUCAUCCCCGCUGCCCUCCUCCUCGCCUACCUUCACAAGCCGUCCGCCUCGGUCGUCCCGUUCCUCGGCCACCACCGCAACGCUUCCCCCGCCGCCAACGCAUGCCGCCAGGUCGACCCUCUCUUCCCAACUCAGAACUCGUCUGGCCUCACUCAGCUGGACUCAUACCUCGACAGCCCCAAAUUCCGCAACGAGACCGUCGCCCGUCUCUCGGGUGCCGUCCAGAUUCCCACCGAGUCCUUUGACAACUACGGCCCUGUCGGCGCCGACGACCGCUGGGACAAGCUUCUCCCCUUCUCCGCCUAUCUCGCAAAGACCUUCCCCAAGGUCCACGACACGCUCCGUCUCGAGCGUGUAAACACCCACGGCCUGCUCUACACAUGGAAGGGCUCCGAUGACAGCCUCAAGCCCACCGUCCUCAUGGCCCACCAGGACACCGUCCCCGUAGCGCCCACCACCAUCGACAGCUGGACGCACCCGCCCUGGAGCGGUGCCUACGACGGGACCUACGUCUGGGGCCGCGGCGCCAUGGACUGCAAGAAUUCCCUCAUUGGCAUCCUCGAGUCCGUCGAGCUGCUGAUUGACGCCGGCUUCUCCCCCAAACGCACCGUAGUCCUGUCCUUUGGCUUCGAUGAGGAGGUUUCCGGCGAGCGCGGCGCGGGACACCUCGCACCGUUCCUGCUGGAGCGCUACGGCAAGGACGGCGCCGCCAUCAUCGUCGACGAGGGAUCCGGUUUCGACUCUCAAUGGGGCCAGACGUUUGCCAUCCCCGGCACGGCCGAGAAGGGCUACAUUGACGUCGAGGUCAUUGUCCGCACCCCCGGCGGUCACAGCUCCAUCCCGCCCGAGCACACCGGCAUCGGCAUCCUCUCCGAGCUCAUCACGCACAUCGAGGCGAACCUCUACGCCCCCGAGCUCAUCUCUGGAAACCCGUACCUCGAGAAGCUCCAAUGUGGCGCUUCGUACGCGCCAGAUUUCCCCGAUAACCUGCGCAGACUGCUCCGCAGCAAGCAGAUGUGCAAGAAGAAGACGGACCGUCUAGCAAAGGAGGCCGCCAAGGCCGGGCCGCAGGUCAAGUACCUCUUUACCACCUCCGUGGCGACCGACAUCAUCGAGGGCGGCGUCAAGAUCAACGCCCUCCCGGAGCGCGUCCGUGCCGUCGUCAAUCACCGCGUCAACGUCGGCGACAAGACGUCCAGCGUGCAGGAGAAGCUUGCCGCCAUCGUACGCCCCGUCGCGGAGAAGUAUAACCUCACCCUCCACGCUUUCGACGACGAGGCCGAGACGCCGUCGAGCAUCACGCUCAAGGGCAACGAUAAAGUGCUCGAGCCCGCGCCCGUGACACCGACGUCGGUGGAGGGCGUUACGCCGUAUGGAAUCCUGUCAGGCACCACACGUGCCCUGUACGGUGAGGAGAUUGUUGUCUCGCCGGGUAUCAUGACGGGCAACACGGAUACGCGGUACUACUGGGACCUCACCCAGCAUAUCUUCCGCUUCCUUCCUGGAUAUGACCCCGAGAGCGAUGAGUGGGCGGGUGUUCAUACCGUUGAUGAGAAGACGAGCGUCAAGGGUCACGUUAACCUCGUCAAGUGGUACACCAUCUUUUUGAGAAACAUUGACGAGGCCGAUUUUGCUUAA